AGUGUGUCGCUCGUGUCGAGAGCUCGUCUAUGGGCGGGCAUGGGCAACAUUUAUCAAGUGAGCUGGAAGAGUGGUAGCAAUAACAACAACAAAAAGUCUAUCAUCGUCAAGUACGUACACCCCCGACUGUCCAGCGGCAAGUUGUCGAUUGGUGAUCAACGCAAACUGGACAGUUACAUUGUGGAAUCCAAUUUUUACGAACAGUUUGCUCCCAACCUACACAGUGUAGAAGACGUGCCACUGCCACCACCACCCUACCACAUCGAACGCAAUUUGAGUGACAAGACGCAUCCGACUAUUAUCAUUGCCAUGGGAGAAUUGCAGCAAAGUCCUGCUGCUUCCGGAGGUUAUAAUGACGAGAAUGACAAUACUCACAAAGACGUCAUGGCAUGGCUGGCCAAGUUUCAUGCGGCAACCUGGCAAUCCACAACCACAGAACUGCAACCUGUAGGAUCUUAUUGGCAUUUGGACACGCGUCCCAACGAAUGGCAGGACAUGCCGCGCCAUGGGUGGGAAGGUCGCUUGAAAAAGGCCGCCCGUGCCAUUGACGAACGAUUGAAACGAGAUCCACUCCAAUGUCUCGUCCACGGCGAUACCAAAGAUGCCAAUAUUCUCUAUUGCGACAACAACGAAUUGGCCUUUUGCGAUUUCCAAUACGUCGGAAGAGGUCCACCGUCCCGCGAUUUGUCCUAUUAUUUUUGUUCGUCGCAUGUCGAUGAUUACGAGGAAUUGGUCCAAUUCUAUUUUGAUAGUCUGCUGCAGCACUUGACGGCACGUGGAAUCACAACCGCGGCGUUACCGACACGACAACAAUUGGACGAUUCUUUGGAACUGGCAUUUUGCGAUUUUUGUCGCUUCAUGGCCGGUUGGGGGUAUUGGGGAUACGAUUUGUCAAAGCAAGUCAAGGUGACACUGGACAAACUCGAUGGAGGGAAAAUGUUAAAGACGGAACAGGAUUACCAAGAGGCUAUGGAACGAGUGUUUGGGUAAUAGAGAGAUACAAAAAGAGAUAGAUGGACAGCCGUCUUGGGGACAUGACAAUGAUGAAGAACAGUGACUACCAACAAGAUAAACAAUCUACAGUAACCCAGCCAGCUAAUGACAACAUCCACUGCCAUUUUCUUCAGUGUUUGUGUUGGCGUCGCUGCCUUGUUUUUCCACCGCACCACUCUGCUUCCUUUGACUUUCGUUACCGUUUGUUCCGAGCUCGUUCAAAGUCGGUGGUAGAUGGCACUUACUUUGUCCCCCCCAGCCAUGCACACAAGAAUGUACACGUUCAAGGGCAUGGACAGUAAAACAUCAUGGUAUAAGUGAAUCAAAUCAACCCGAGGUAGCAGCUGCCACGAGAUACGUCACGACCGUGCCGUCCACAUGCUCACCUCGCUAACAAUGUUUGCAGACCACCGUCUCCAAGAAUGCUGCGCCGACAAGACUACUGCCACAAUUCAUGCAGCCCAAUGCCAUUCCACCUUGGCCGCUGGCAACGAUCCCUUGAAACAGAGAGUUAAAAACUCUUCCCUUGGGAAAGAUGCAUUUCACAAAGUGCAUGACCAGCCAUGGGUGUCACUCCGUUUGUCCAGCAUUCCAAACGAAGAACGAAGGUGACAUGGUCGUUGCCUUUCUGUGGCAUUCAUCAUUCCUAGCUAUGCAUAGUGCUGCAGUACCAGAUAGGAAGGCCAUUGUCAUUUUUUUCAUCGUGGCUGAGAGCGCAGUUUUGUUCAAGCUGCAAUACUAGUACGCUCCUUUAGAGAUCACGCAAUGAGAAGGAAUUGAAACGCCUGAGCUGUUACA